AUGAGGACCGGCAAGAUUGGCGGCAAGCGUGUCGUUGUCCCUGUUGGAGAAGAGAGCAAACCCACUCCCGGUACUGCUGUCAGUAAUGGUGUUCUCCCUAAUGGCAUCGCUGCAACUGCGACAGAGAAUCAGUCAUUGGAUUACGCAGACUCUCUGAACUCUGACCCAGACCGCGUUCGCUUCGCGUACUGGGUCCCGAACGUCUCUGGUGGUCUUGUGAUCUCCAAGAUCAAGCAGAACACGAGAUGGGACCUCAAGAGUAACGUCAUAUAUGCAAGGACUGCUGAGCGCGUGGGAUUUGAGUACGCUCUAUCGCAGAUCCGGUUCAUGGCUGGCUAUGGCGCCGAAAAUCAACACGAACCCGUAACUUUCUCGCAGGCUUUGCUUCAUCACACCGAAAGGCUGAAGCUCAUUGCCGCACUGCUACCAGGGCCAUGGAAUCCAGCUGUUGCUGCUAAGCAGAUUGCGUCCAUAGAUCACUACAGUGAGGGACGUAUCUGUGUGAAUGUUGUGUCCGGAUGGUUCAAGGCCGAGUUCACCUCGAUCGGGCAGUGGUGGCUCGAUCAUGCUGAGCGAUACCGCCGCUCCAAGGAGUUCAUCACAUGCCUCAAGGGGAUCUGGACCAACGAGAAGUGGAACUUUUCGGGCGAUUUCUACCAGUUUCAUGAUUACCCUCUGAAGCCGAAGCCUCUCAACCUGCCCGGUCGGCCAUACCCGGAAAUUUUCCAAGGUGGAAACUCUGACGAUGCGAAAGAGAAUGCAGGCAGUGUCUCCGACUAUUACUUCAUGAACGGUAACACCCUCGAAGGUUUCCAGGCACAGAUCGCAGACGUGAAAGAGCGUGCAAAGAAGAACGGUCGCGAGGGAGAGUGUGGCUUUGCCCUUAAUGCCUUCGUCAUCUGCAGGGACACGGAAGAGGAGGCCAUACGUGUGCUGCAGGAGAUCCAGGGCAAAGCUGAUGCUGAAGCCGUGGAAGGAUUCCGACAACAAGUGCAGAAUGCUGGUUCCUCGACAGGCAACAAAUCUGGCAUGUGGGCCAACAGCAAAUUCGAAGAUCUGGUGCAAUACAAUGACGGAUUCAAGACAAAGCUCAUUGGAACCAAGGAGCAGAUUGCCGACCGUAUUGUGCUGUUGAAGAGCUUGGGCGUCAAUAUCAUCCUUACGGCAUUCCUGCAUUACGAUGAGGAGAUUGAGCAUUUUGGUCGAGAAGUCCUGCCACUGGUCCGAGAAUUGGAAAAGCAAGGUCGUGGUAAGGAUACCGAGGACGAGAUCAGGCGAACGGGCGAUGUGUACAGGGCAAGAGACAAGAAGUAA